GUCAAAAUCCCCCAUCCAAAACAUUUCGCACGUGUCUAGCCGGCAGCAUCGUGCCGUCGUCCCGGAUUGUUUAAUUUGUUUAAAAGCAGCACUAUGAAAAAGAAAAACCGCACGCCACAGUAUAAAAAGAGCCGGCCGAAGGUAGAAGCACCGGUUGACGAGGAACCGGCCGCACUUAAGAAUGCUCCCCACACGUUCGUCAUCCGGCGCGGCGAGCGUUGUUCAUCCGUUUCGCGAUUGUCUCGCGAUUUCCGUCGCAUGAUGGAACCGUUCACGGCAUCGAAUCUACGCGAGCGACGCAUCAACAAGGUGAAAGAUUUUGUGCAUCUUUCCGGAUUCUUUCACGUGUCGCACAUGUGCUUGUUUUCGCUGUCCUCACAAACGCUGUCGCUUAAGGUAAUACGCAUGCCGAAGGGCCCGACACUCACAUUCAAGGUGCACCAGUACACGCUGGCAAAGGAUGUGAUUAGCAGUACGCGCAAGCAGUACGUGGACGAGGAAUGCUUUCAAGCGGCCCCGCUGGUCAUACUGAACAGCUUCAGCGGAGAGGGAAAACAUUUGAAGCUGAUGGCCAGCACGUUUCAGAACAUGUUUCCGCCAAUCAAUCUUUCCAAGAUUAAGCUUUCGUCGCUGAAACGGUGCGUGCUGCUGUCGUACAAUCCGGUGAGCAAAUUGAUCGAUCUACGGCACUACUCGAUCACGGUAGUGCCAGUCAAUUUGAAUCGAGGUGUGAAGAAGCUCGUUACGCGCAACAUACCCAACCUGGGACGAUUCGAGGAUAUUGCGGAUUUCGUGGAAAAAGGACACCUUCUUUCCGAGUCGGAAGUCGACGAUGAAGAUGCACACGUUGUGCUGGCACAAAACCUCAAGUGUGGCAAUUUGGCCGAAAAUAAAUCGUCGCUCCGUCUGCACGAGAUUGGACCGCGCAUCACGAUGCGGCUGAUGAAGAUAGAGGAUGAGCUGAUGACGGGCGAAGUACUCUACCACGAUUACAUCGAAAAGGAUGUGCUCGAGGUGGAAGCGAUCCGGAAGAAGCGAGCCCAGCAGCGCCGGCUCAAGGAGCAGCGCAAGCUGAAGCAGGAGGAGAAUUUGAAAAAGAAGGACAAGGACAAGGAAGAUCACCGUGCCAAGACUUCGGCGAAGCAAGCGAAGGCUGGUGAGAUUACGGAGCAGGACAAAUUGUUGCUGAAGGAUGCCGAGGAAGCCGUGGGCGAAUUGUCCGAUGAGGAUGAUCGUGAGUACUACCGUAAGGAAAUCGGUGACAAUCCGGACGAGGAGCUGUUCGAAUCGGCCGGUGGCGCAAAUCGGAAGCGACCGUUCAUUCCGAGAGGUGCGAACUAUUCGCUGAAGCCGAAAAAGCCGCGUCUGGACAAACGCAAGCAGUACGAGGACGAUGAUCGGGAUGCGAGACAGGACCGCAAGCGUAGAAACAACGACGGAGGAAAGGACACGAAAGGCAAAGGCAAAUUCGGUAGAAAAGGGAUGAAGCAGGACGAUUUUAGGGGAAAAUCGAAGUAUAACGGUGGUGGUGGCAAGAAACAGAAGGGCGGCACGAAGAAGGGCGGUGGCAAAAAAUCUUCCAAACGAAAGUAAAUAUAAAUAAAUCAAUGUUACCUGUUUCCUCUACAGGUAGGCCGUAA